CAUAAAGGCUGUGGCAGGGGCGCUUGCCAGGAGCCAGCCCGGGCUUUCCUGAGGUGCAGGAGCUCUCCCCAGGGUGCAGGAGCUGUCCCUAGCUGUGGCAGGUGUCUGCAGGGAACCGCUCGCCUCCGCGAGCACAGGAGUGUCUGGGGUAAUUCCUCUGCGAGAUGCAGGGCUGGGCGUUUUACGUGAGUAGUGCCUGGGUGUCCGGAGCUGUUUGAUUGCCACGUGACACAAAACGAAACCGAAUUCGGCAGGAGUGGUGGCAGAGGCAUGGCUGAGCCAGGCGGGUUGAGCGGGGAGGGCGAGGCAGGGCGGCUGGGUCCCUCUCCUUUUCCCCUUUAGCUCCCGGUCACAGCACAGGUAGGUGAUGGCGUGCUUUGGCUUACCUGCCUGUCGAGCAGAUGUAAUUAGAACUCCCCCCGCAUACGGCUUGCAGGAGGCGAAGUCAAUUUUUGGAAAACGCGACAAAAUCCCGAAGUGUUUUCUCAAAAACUGCGCAUGGAGUCAGACUUCAGAACAAGCCUUCUGAUUUCUAAACGGCAUAGAGGUGGUCAUUCCAAACGAGAGCAAGCGCAGCAAGAAAGUGAAUGAGGAUGCAGCUGCGAAGUGGUUCCUGGAAGGAGGUGGGCAGGCUUUGUCCACUGCUUCGCCGCUGUAAACGGUGACGUCUUCGCUCCUCGGCUCCGGUGAAACCUCACAGCUGCCUCCCGCACGGCUACCAGAGGCACGGCACCAUUAGAGUUGCAUAACUUCACGUGUGGGCUAGCAGAGCGAGGAGCAUGCUCAGCUGUGGGUGUAGGAAUAUAGUACUCUGGGAGCAAUUAAGAGUCAUUAACUCCAAGUACUUGUUAGCGGAUGUGACGCAAGUUAGUUGCAAGUUGCUUAACUUCUGAGGUCAAGAUGAGCUCAGGCAUCUCCGGUGAGUGCGCUUAGUGCCCCUGAGGCUGGGGGGCUGUCCGCAGGGACAGGCUGUGACACCAGGGCUCGAACUGCGAAACCCUGAGGUUCGUUACAUGACUUACGUGGAAUGGCAGCUUCACAGCACCUCUGCAAGCUGGGACCGCGCGUUUGCAUUGAGAAGUGCAGACCCGUGGGUUCCUAGCUUGUGUCUCCUGUGUUGAAGUGUGCAGGGAAUUCACAGCGCUGUGCUGGGACUCGCUGUUAUUCAGCCGGCGUUCAAAGAAGCGAUAGCGAAACUUCGUAAUAAACAACAGCCUCCUUACCUGGGUGAAGAGGAUGAUGGUUUUUUUCCCAAUUACAAAUUAACCAACUGAUACAAAAGCCAACAAUGAACAGAGCGGUAGAGCAUCAUGCCCACAUUGCCUACUCUAAAUGCAUAGGAGAUGGCACCUUAAUAUUCAGUGUCUGCGUUUAUAACGAUUUAAGUCCGAGGACAGUCUCACCACCUGUGCUUGGAAGACUCACGCUUGUGCCAGAUGUCAGUCAUGGAAAGCAGUCCAUAAUAAGAAAACCUAGGAUAAACUCUCAGUUGGUGGCACAACAAGUUGCCCAGCAAUAUGCAACCCCACCGCCACCUAAGAAGGAGAAGAAGGAAAAGGUGGAAAAACAAGACAAAGAAAAGCCUGACAAAGAGAAGGAAAUUAGUCCAAGUGUUACAAAGAAGAACACUAACAAGAAGACUAAACCAAAGUCAGAUAUUGUGAAAGAUCCUCCUAGCGAAGCGAAUAGUAUACAAUCUGGGAAUACUACAACAAAGAUGAGCGACUCAAAUCACACUUCAAGACCCAGACUGAAAAAUGUGGACAGAAGUACUGCACAGCAGCUGGCAGUCACAGUGGGAAAUGUCACAGUAAUUAUCACAGACUUUAAAGAAAAGACUCGCUCCUCUUCCACGUCGUCUUCUACAGUGACCUCCAGUGCAGGAUCAGAACAACAGAAUCAGAGCAGCUCGGGCUCUGAGAGCACAGACAAGGGCUCGUCCCGUUCCUCCACGCCAAAGGGGGACAUGUCGGCAGUCAAUGAUGAAUCUUUCUGAAAAUUGCACAUGGAGUUGUGGAAACUAUGAAUCAGGGUAUGAAAUUCAAACACUCCACCUGCCCAUGCUGUUCAGAUCCUGGAGAGCCUCUUUUGUGCUUGAACACACAUUUUCUUGGACAUCGACCUCUUACUGAUGCAACCAGGAUAAUUUCUGCUUGCCGUGGGCAUCUGGCCACCAAGGAAUUUCUCACCCUAACGAUUACUCUUGACACUUUUAUGUAUUCCAUUGUUUUAUAUGAUUUUCCUAACAAUCAUUUAUAAUUGGAUGUGCUCCUGAAUCUACUUUUUUAUAAUAUCUGCUGUGCACAAUUUUCCAUGAACAUUACAACUUUUUGUUUUGGGAUAGGGAGUGGGUGGGGAGGGAAGGGGGCUUUAUUUAUUGCAUUCACAAACUCCAUCCUCUCUCAACAUAUCCUUUUUAAGUUCAGUUCUUCUUCCAGUUAUACUGUGUACUAUCAGUUUUGAUAUAAAUUAUAUAUAAAUAUAUAUAUAAAUAAAUAUAUAUAAAGGGUUAUUUGAAACCAAUACAUGGAAACGCUGGUGCUUGAAACACUGUGAAGUGAAAAAAAAAUAUUGAACAGUUAAAGAUCCGGGACAGUCCCCUUCUGUGAAAGUGCUGAAACUGAAAUGGAACUGGUCUUAGGUGAAAAGCGUUCCUGAAGGUUUGAACCUAGAUGGGACCCAUUCUCUCGAUUUGUUCCUUCCCCAUUUCUUCCCUAAGCAAUGGCUAUAAGUGUACUGGACACAGUUUUGAUUUUUUUUUUUUUAUACCUUGGGAUUUGAAAUCAGGAGAUUGCUCCAGAUAAAUGUGUAUUUCUACUAGGGUAACUCAGCUUGACAGCUUGCAGGUUCGUGUCCAGCUGGAGCGUAAGUGUUCAGAACUAGUCUGGUGCCAGCACGCCACGGAUUCACGCGUUUCGGUAACAUCAGCACUGCUAUGUCGUGCAUAGCCAACCCCCCAGAAGUUCGGUAUCCUUAGGUUUAAUGACUUUUAUCAGUUUUCCAGUCCUGCGUCGACGACUGAGGUAACGUUAAAACUGGAGCUGUUCGCUGUGGGUUUUGCUGCGCCCAGCGGUGUGCGGGUCGGUCAUCGUCCGCUCCCUCCCGCCUGUCCUGUCCGUGCUGCCGGGAUCGCUGUUCUGUUUGAAUUCCGGCCCUAUCCCAGGGAUGAUCUCUGAGCAGCGUGUCAUCUGGUGAGGAUGUUAGGCUUGUCCACACUAGGACACUCUGGGCAUGCUGCUGGGGAAGCAGGCGUAGUGAUGAGCUGCCCCGCUGGCGAGCCCGCAGCGCCUGCGACUCCUGCUUGCGCCCAGUAUCUCUUCGGUUGCGUUCUGAAGCUGUUCGGGCUGUAACUUCUUCUCCUGGCCUGUUAGUGUUGCUUUACAGUUUACCUUCCAUGCACUAUCCUGCUAAAACACUAGUCUGAGGAGGUGAAACAAACUUUAAAAAAAAAAAAAAAAAAAAAAACACACCUCUUUGGCUUUUCAUCUUUGUUUAGUGGCCCCAGGGUGCCCUGCAGUAAUUUCAGGCACAGAGGCUGUGGCUUUAUUCGACAUCAAAUGCAUAACUUCUGGGUGUGAGGAAAGAGGGCCACUUCUUGACAACUUCGUGCCAGCUUGUUGUGUUGUGAAUUAUUUGCUUAGCAAGAGUGAUUUCUCUUUGUGGAGGCAAUGGAUUUGAAAUUUCCUUUAAAAUCGUGUGGUUUUGAGUAGCAGACGUAGGUUCCUUUCACACUAGCGACAGAAAUCUGUGAGGUACCAAUCCAUUACCACCUCCGCUCGAAGAUACGUGCGGUGGCAAUGCCUUUGUGGUGGUGGUUUUAUUCUGAGUACGUUGAUAUGGACACCCCAACUUAAUUCCGCUUAUAUUCACAGUAUAGGCUGUCUGUACCUUUUUAAGCAUUUUUGAAGUAUUUAUUAAAGAACCAAAGGAAAACAGAUGCUUCCUAUGAGCAUCAAGACAAUUUAUUAUACAUAGUUUUAAAUACUAUGAAUUUCUCAAUCCACAUUUUAACAUUAGUGGGAUAUUGCAAAGACAUUCCUUUUUCCAGUUUUUACUAUUCCUUUAAGGGUCUCAGGGAGGGUAAACUGGUCAGCCAUAUUUAUUUAUUUUACUGAAAUGUAUUGGAAUAAUUUUUUAAGAGAGAUUUUUUGAAGAUGCCCCUGAACUUGUAUAUUUUGCACUGCUUUAUAAAUGAUCCAUUAUCGAUUAGGCUUGCGUGCAUUUUGGCCGUGAUCCAGCAAAGCGUGUAAGCGAGUGGCAAGUCCCUUCAGCGGGGCUCUUUCUGGUGCUUAGUCAAACACGUGCUUGCAUUCUUUGUUGAAUCUGGGAAUUUGUGCAAAAAAAAAAAAAAAGCAUUGUGUGUACCAGGAAAUUGCUUCUUUUUAAAGUGAAUGGACCUGUAGAUUAGUUGAAAAAGCUUUAACGCAGUAACCAGCUACUCAUAGGCUACUGAUUAAGUCAGUGAAAUCUGUUUCUUUGGGUGUGCCUCCUUGAUAAAGUAGCUUACUAUACAUAAGUGGGAAAAUUUCUUUGGAACAAGUGACCUGUAAUUCUGCAUUUAGUAGAAAUUGCUAGCUAAGCGUUGAACUUACCCGGCCUCAUUCGUAGCUGUUGUGUUGUGGAUUUGGAGGAUAGCGUUUGCUUUUACACUUGAUUUCUGAAGUUAGCACCCCCAAGGCAUGUGUCUGGAAAUGGGAUUCCCUUCACACGUUGCGUCCUCUGGUUAUCCUGCUGUUGUUGGGGAGCAUGUUUAAAGCCAACCAAGCCAACAAAAACACUAGUAUAGAGGAAGGACCAGGCUCUUGGUAUUCAGUGGCACGGAAAGCAGGUAAGUAAAGCACAGUGUUACGUUCGCUAAGUUUCAACUUUUACACAGACACACACAUACACCAACACAGCUUGCCUGACUUGCUCAGUUUGACAUAGUUACGCAAAGGAGAAAUUAAAAAAAAAAAAAAGGCAUUUUACACAACCAGGCUAUUUAUUUUAAUUGGAACACUUUGCUCGUUUUGAAUUGGACAGAUCUAAAACAUGGCAGUAGCUUCCGCGAGUUUAUUUCCACUGAGACGUCUUCACCUGCCUUACCAAGAUCAUUCUCAGUCUACUUUUUUAAGCUCUACCAUAAACUUAAAUUAUUGAAAAUUUAUUAAUUGCUGACUAUAUAAUAACCUUUGCUUGUAUGUAACCGAAUGGUUUUAAGAGCCAACAUUUAGAGUAUGACAAUGGAGCUGAACAGUUUUUAAUGCGCAAGCAGUUCUGUUCUUGUGUAUGACUUGUAACCUUAAUUUACUGUGUAAAGAUGGUUACAUUAUUUCCUUAGCUUUGUUUGUUGGAGACAAAUAUAGAAUGCUUGUUUAAGUAUGUCAAAACAUAAUCUUAUCUUGUGGAUUUUUAUGUUAAUGUAUUAUACGAGCUAUAUUUUUCAUUUGCCCAGAAAGACAGCUUGUAUAACGCUUUUGAAAGUUUUUCCGCUCUGUAAAGUCUUUAGAGCUGACAGUCCUGUUAGGUUUGUUUUAAUCUUCAUGCUAAAGUGUCAAUGGUGGUUUUGUGAACUGGUCAGAAAUUCACAGGUCUUAAAUGUUUUCGGGAAAUUUAUAUUGGACACUGCUCUUUGUCUAGCAAAUAAAAGAUGUUAAUAUAUUCCUGUUACUGGCAUGUGCACGACUGUUAUUAGAAGCCACUUUAUCAUUUUCCUGCUUUAAAUAGAAAUGUCUAUUUAUGAAUUCUGCUUGUAGUUUUUUCACAAAUAAAAUAG